UGAUUAUGUUGACCUGAUUUGUAAGAUACUUUGGAUAAAUGUAAAUGGUAAUCUCAGAAGGUGUGACACCUGUGAACGAGCAACAAGCAGAGAAGAUGUCAAGGUGUGUGACAGCAAGGGACCAGUGAGCUGGACAGCACUGGUGAGGAACCACCCACUUGUCACCGGCAAUAAAAGCAGACGGGCUGAGCUGGAGGCUGGCACACCACUGCAACAGGACAGAACCAGAGGAGGAGCGAUGGCCUUCAACGGGACCUGGAUUGAGUACAAAAAUGAAAACUUUGAUGAAUUUCUUGCAGCUUUGGGUGUUGACGCCGUGAGGAGGCAACUGGCUCGGAAUAUAUCAUUGCAUGUGACCAUAAAGCAGGAUGGUGAGCGUUUUACCGUAUUUGAAAAAAGCAAACUACGCUCAAAGGAGUUGACCUGGACUUCGGGCGAAGAGGUGGAGGGGGAGGAUCCUGACGGGACAAAGAUAAAGGGCACCUUCACUCUUGAAGCCCCGAAUAAGUAUGUUGGCCAAUUCCAGAGGAUGUCUGAUGGAAAGCAGAUCAAGAUCUCCCGGGAGGUAGACGGUGACGAGAUGCUGCAGUUAACCAGUAUAAACGAUGUGGAAGUGCGGAGAUAUUUCAAAAGGAAAGCAGAAUGAUGCAAGUGAGGUCGAGCAGCUUGCAGACAGCAUGGCAGACCCCUGGCAACCAGAGGAUGGCGAGCACAGACCGAAAGUCAAGAAGUUCAAUUUGAAUCAAAAUCUGUUCACUAAUUAAUAAAAAUGAGGUC